GCAGGCGGGGCUGGCGCCGGGUGCACCGACUGGAGGCCGCGCUCCCACCGUCGGCUGCUCGACCGGGCGUCCGACGCUGCGGGCUGCCCGCGAAGAUGUAACCAGGCCCGGCGGUCCAUGUGCGCCCCACCGUCCCCAGCGAGGGCGGCGGCCAGAGGGGUGCCGGGCCUCCCGACCCUGCCGCUGUUGUUCCCGCCGCUACUGCUGCUGGUGGUGGCCUCGCCGACGGGACAGGCAGUUCCCUGCAUCUCUAGUGGUCUGCCUAAACCUACAAAUAUCACCUUCUUAUCCAUAAACAUGAAGAAUAUCCUACAAUGGAACCCGCCAGAGGGCCUGCAUGAAGCGGAAAUUACUUACACUGUGCAGUAUUUCAUAUAUGGGCAGAAGAAAUGGCUGAAUAAAUCUGAAUGCAGAAAUAUCAAUAGGACCUACUGUGAUCUCUCUGUUGAGACUUCUGACUACGAACAUCAGUAUUAUGCCAAAGUUAAGGCCAUUUGGGGCAUGAAUUGUUCCAAAUGGGCAGAAACUGGACGAUUCUAUCCUUUCUUAGAAACACAAAUUGGCCCACCAGAGGUUGCUCUGACUACUGAUGAGAAAUCCAUUUCUAUUGUUCUGACUGCUCCAGAGAAGUGGAAGAAAAAUCCAGAAGAAAGUUCUAUUUCCAUGCAACAAAUAUACUCUAAUCUGAAGUAUAAUGUGUCCAUAUAUAAUACUAAAUCAAAUAGAAUGUGGUCCCAGUGUGUGACGAACCACACACUGGUGCUCAGCUGGCUGGAGCCAGACACUGUGUACUGCGUCCUUGUGGAGUCCUUGGUCCCAGGCCCUCCUCGCCUCGCUCAGCCUUCUGAGAAGCAGUGUGUCAGCACUUUGAAAGAUCAAACAUCAGAGUUGAAGGUUAAAAUCAUCUUCUGGUAUGUCUUGCCCAUAUCUGUUACCGUGUUUAUUUUUUCCGUGACGGGCUACUUCAUGUACAGAUAUACCCAUGUCGGCAAAGAGAAACACCCAGCAAAUCUGAUUUUGAUCUAUGGAAAUGAAUUUGACAGAAGGUUCUUUGUACCUGCUGAAAAAAUUGUGAUUAACUUUAUCACCCUCAAUAUUUUGGAGGAGUCUAAUAAAGCUUCGCAGAAGGAUAUAAGCGUGAUAGAAAAAAGUGAUGAUGUGUGGGGGCUGAAUGAGCCCAUUGAGGACAAGGAGCCCCCUUGGGAGGAAAUGGAGGUGAGACACCUGGGGUAUGCUUCGCAGUUGAUGGACAUUGUGUGUGACCCUGAGGAAACCGCCAGAGGGACUUCCCUAAGGCAACAGGAGCCACCCAGCAGAACAAUGCCCACAGACAAAACAGUCGUUGAGUAUGAAUACAAUGUGAGAAGUUUUAAUGACAUUUCCCUGGGCCCUGGAGAUCAGGAGUCCAACCCACAGGAGGAGGCAUCCCAACGGGGAAAGUUAUUUGAGCAACAGGCACCUUUGGCCAACUUGGACCCACAAACACAGCUGUAUCCAUACACCCCUCAGCUCAGAGACUUGGAGCACCUGCCACAAGGGCACAUGGAUACAGAGGAGGGGCCAGAGGAAGAGCCUUCGACCACGCUGGUCGAUUGGGACCCUCGGACUGGCAGGCUGUGUAUACCUUCAUUCUCCAGCUUUGAACACCACUCGGAGGGAUGUGGGCACCCUGAGUCCGAGGGGCUCGCAGAGGAGGGCCUCUUGGCUAGACUUUGUGAGGAACAGGUUCCAGACACGGCACCGGGAGACAGUGCAGCCUAUCUCACGCAAUUUAUGGAGGAAUGGGGCUUAUUCAUACAGAUGGAAGACUAAUACGCAAACCUCCUCUUGCCACACCUCUACCGCGACAAGACACUGCAUGCAAAUUAGAUGAAUGACUGAAGAAGUAGGCACCUGAGAUAGAGGUUUACUCAGAUUUCUGUGUCAGGGAGAAUUUUUUAUUUCUUCUGUUUUCAUAGCACUUGUUUCAUUCUGCCUCGUAUGGGUGGUUGGGUCCCGUGGGUGGGCACCUGCGGUGAUGCGUCUCCUGCAGCGAUGGUGGGCACCCAGAGUGUGGUGGAUGACCCACUCUCUGUACCCAAGAAAUAUUCAAAAACAUUGGUCAAAUUAGAUGCAGAAAAUUCUGCAUUCAGAUGAA